GAGGGGUUCACUGCAAAAUAGUAUUUAAAGAGUGGGCCUGGCGGGCUAGUAUCCGGCAGUAGUUAGGCCUCUCGCUGGGCCUUCCCGGUCCAAAACACUGGUUAUCAGGCAAGCGGGAGUCGGUUCCUCCCUUCUCCGCACUAUCCGCAACCCGGCGGGGCUUGGGUCCGCGUUUUACGCCCGAUCCGGUAAUCCGACCGCCCGCUACCCGCUAUCGAAUUCCCUCUUCCUCCGCUCUAUUCCUCCGCUCUCCAGAUUCUGCAUAGUCCUGCGCCCAUCUACCUCGAUCCUCCCUCUUCUCCUUCCGAGCACCCAGGAUGCCCUAGCUCCGCCGCUCCGCCGGAGUUCCAGCCGAGCGCUCUCACGCCGCCGGCGUUCCCCCAAGCUCGCACCUUCCUCAACCUGCUGCGGCCCUUAUUUCAGUUUACUAUGCAAAGUUAACACUUUUACUUACCUCCUCUGUUAUCUACUACUUCUACUCUACUCCAGGUCGUUACAUAUAGAAGCCUCACUCGCUUCUUCCUCGAGCUGAUGGAUAAGAUAACAGCGGCGUGCGCCAUGGAGUGGAGCAUCGACCUCGAGAAGGGCCUCCGCUCCAACAAGCCUGAUUGGAAUUUCGGCACUUAUUAUGGCUCGGAACACCAUUGCUGUCAGCAUGUCUGGCCUUGAAAAUUUGGCUGAUUUCUUCCAUCACUUGAGCUCAGAAUGUUUUAAGUGCUUGCGCCAACGCAUUGCAGCUAUAGAACAGAUCAGCCAUAGAAUUCGAGAGCUGAGCAUAGAAUCGAACAUCACAAAAGCAGUGUCAGAUAUGUACGGUUUGGUACCAGGGGAGGACAGAUUGUUCUCCAACACGAUCCUUCUCAGACUUGCAGACGCAUUUAGGCGCGGGGACAAUCACAUGAGAAGAUGUAUCCUGAAGGUUUUCCUGGGGGAGUUGAGGCACCUGAGCAAGAAGGGCAAAAUGUAUAAUGGUAUUCUGGCAAAGCACAGAGUGCCUAAUUACGUAGAACUGCUUAGGAGAGUAAAAGUGGUUUUUGACACAGGUGAUCAGCAAGCUAAAUCAUUGGCUUUGCGCUUGUUUGGUUGCUGGGCGGAUCUAGCUAAAGACAGCGCGCAAAUUCGCUAUGUGAUAUUGUUGAGCUUGCAGUCGUCCCAUGUAUCGGAGGUUAUGGCCGCUUUAUUUGCUGCUGGUUGCUUUUGUUUAUUGGCGGAGGAUUUCUCAUGCAUCAUCCUGGAAGUUUCGAUAAAUCUUAUUUGCUCGUCGGGCAUAUCGGCUAUUGUGAAGCGGGCAGCUAUCCGUAGUUUAUCUAUGAUGCAAUGCACGCUAUCUAUUAUUUCUAGCACUUACAAGGCUGGAAAAAGACUCGUUCUCAGUUCAAUGGAAGAUGACUUUAAAGCCGAAAUGCUAUUGACACUAUCAAAAUUGGCUUCCAAGUCAACCAUAUUAAUUGCUGAACAGGUCGACUUACUCUUAUCAUUUCUAAAGCAUGAAUCUACAGCUCUUCUGAAGGCUAGAGCCUUAAAAUGUUUAGGCAUUCUAUUUAGCAGAUAUGCAUGUCAUUUUCCAAUCAACACAGAUGUAUUAGGCAUAUUACACAAUGUAAUAGAGGAUAGUGAUCUUACGCUGAACUUCCAGUGUGAGGCUUUACGGAUUUUGCGGCAGAUAUUUGGUGUCAUACCAUCAAGUCUGUCUUCUAUAAGUGUGCCUGAUUUAUCGAAGCUUGUUCUGAACGUGGAGGGUGCAGCACUUUCUGCUUCUGGUGUAAAGAGAAGUCUUGCUUUUCACCUUCUUGUUGAUAUCUUGUGCUGCCUGAGGAGGGCAAUGGAAGAGCAUUCCCAUGCCUCUCCUGAAGAAAAGUUGCCUUCGGUUUGCUCUCAGUUCCAAGAUGAUCCAGAAGCUAUAUUAUUGACUUAUGGCGAAAAUGAGCUACCACCUUCUGCCAAUAGAGCUACUACCCUAAUUAUGGAUUACCUCAUAUCCCUAGCCAAGCAAGUUAUGAGUAAAACCAAUCAGAACAUGCUGUUUACAGUAUUCGAUGGUGAUCUGAAGCAAGAAUAUAAUACCUCACUCAGUCUUAUUUUGCGCCUUGCUGAAGAUUAUCCCUCUUCUUUACUUGUAGCUCUGGAUAAAAUAAGAUGCAUCAUUCAAACUCUGGGUAAUGUGGAUGACAAUGUCAACACCGAGUGUAUUGGUACCUAUAGUAGCAUAUCUAAGAAAGAUUCAGUUGUCAAGAAACCAAAUCCUGAUAAUUCAAACUUUCCAUGUGAUUCUCUCUGUAAGGAACUGGAUGCUAAGAAACCGAAUCUUGUAUUUGCCGCUGGAGAAUAUCAUGGUGAGUCACGAAUUCUUGUUGUUUCAGAGCUAAUGUUAACUUUAUGCAAAUUUUCAAAUGCUAGUCUCAAUAAACUUAAUGAUUUUGGACAACAUUAUUGCUAUAUUUAUCUUGUCGUGAAGCAUUUAGUUGAGUGCAUAAAAGAGAGUGCACCUCGUUAUUAUGAUACAUAUGAAAUCUUUUGCUUGUGCAUGUAUUCUCAUCUUGCGUCUAACAGAUGCAAAGUUAUUAGUGAGAAGGAAAAGGAUCUAAGACUUGCUCCCUGCAACCUUGAGGCACAUGAGGGAGUUACGAAACCAAGAUACUUCAUUCCUUCUGCUUGGGCUGUCCAAGAGCGAAGGGCUCUCGGUUUUGCUAAAAAGAUGAUAAGAGAAAGGAAUUACUGGACAGCUUAUCGGGUUGGAAAGUAUUCUUUUUCUAAAGGUCUGUGGUUUGCAGCAACUUUUGUCUUCAGGAAAUUGAUACAUGCUGUAAAGUCAAGCUCCUUCAGCUGCUGGUUGACAUCUUUGAUGCUUCUGGCUGGUGGUGAAAGUGAAAUCAAAUUACUUCUAUUUCCCAAAAUAGGCAUAGAGCUGAUUAGUGAGUUGCAGGCGGAGGGAAUAUGUGAAAAAGAGAUUAAUGUUACUGAAAUAGAUAUGGAGUAUCUUAGUGGCACGAGAGUUGAUAUCUGUUAUUGUGAAGGAAAGCUUGGUAAGAUAUGCAAUAGAAUAUGGUCAUCAGAGGAAACUUUGGCUUUAACUGGACCUUCAGAUGGUCUUUUUUAUUUCCAAAGAUGGUUCAUUUGUCUUAGAGCUGAGUUUCUUGAGAUCGUGGUGGGAAUAUUUGGAUUCUUGAGUUCACACUCUUUUGCCAUGGAAGUCCUCAAUAAGGAGGUUGGAAAUGAAAAUAUUCAUUUUGCAGCAACAACGGAGAAUAUGAAGACUCUGCUACUUGGUUUGACUAACAAGUCCUUAAGACUAAAUCAGUUAGCGAAGAACUAUGAUCUUCUUGCUACAUCGUUUCUGGAUAUUGACCACCAAAGUUUUAGAAGCAUCUGUAGGCUAGCUUUCAAUUGCUCGAUGCUGGCAUUUUGCACUGCUUUUGCCAUGGAUUUUUCAAUUUCACAUGCUGACAAAAAUAUCAUGCCCUGCAGCUUUAGAGAUCAGGUUUCUUAUACUCCUGUUGUUCAAGAUUUGUUUAUGAGACUGGGGGGCGCAGGCAGCAAGAUUACCGCUCAAUUUGAGCAGUUUAUGUCUUUCCUUACAGAUAAGAUUGAUCUCUUCCGGUCCAGAACACAACUCAAUUGUGCCAAUUACUUGGAUAGGGAUUAUUUAUUGAUUUUUCAGUUUGCUCUACAAGGAUUGCUUUGUAUUAGAAGAGAUGCAAAAGGUGUAAUAGACAAAGGGGAACUGCAGUCUCUUGUUAAUAGAGGGCUGCAACUUAUGUAUGACAUUCUGCAGAAGUUGAUGGAACUACCUUUCCAGCUUCCUAGAUACUACUUUAGGACAAGGCAUUGCAUUGGUGCCGAGCUAUUCAUAUUCGGUGCAGAUUCUGGAAACAAAGACAAAAUAAUAACACCACCUGGUUUCCAGUUAUCGCUAAAUCUCUGCAUUCAGUUAAAGAACAUGUUAGCAAGAACUUCAGCUCAGCUCGCUAAGCUGUACUGCAUUCUUGCUGCAAGGGUAUCUUCUCGCUUACCCUUAGGAAAAGGGGAAGCUGAAAAUACGUGGGAGUUUCGUCCUCGCAAGAUUAACGAAAUGGUACAAUUAAAUGCCAUACUGUUGCAGUACCUUAAAGAAGAUGCUGGAAAAGCCAAUGAGAUAAACAUUGUGAAUGGAGAUGAGGAUUUGGUGACAGCUUGUGUGUGUUUUGAACCAAAUGAGAGAGGGCCGGGAUUCUCAAUUUACUUGCUGAAUGUUUCUGCGUUUCCUGAAGGUUCAUAUCAGAUCAACUGGCAUAGCUGUUGUAUUGACACAAAUGGCUCGCACUGGAGCUUGCUUCCCCUUAAUGCUGGGGUGUCUUUUUCUGUUAAAAGGCUUUGAUUAUGGAUGUCUGCAAAAUGGUUUAAAUUUGUGGAUCUAAAAUGUAUGCCCCUUAGUCCCUUACUCUUUUGAUUAGUCACAGGACUUGAAGCUUUUGAAAAGGUAUUGGCCUUAUGUGGUCCUGUGGAAAGCGAUAUAGCAGAUUUAAUUAUUAUCAGAACAUAGACUUGGCGUAAUCUCCUCUUGACAAUUGCCUGAUCACGUUUUCAGUAUAGAACAAGUGGCAUAGAGCAACAGGCUUGGCCUUGGAAUGGAGCUGGAAUCAAUGUUGGCUUGUGUGGAAGCCUUGUGAUGGUUUUGCUGAACAUGAGCUUCGUCUUUGUAACUUGUAAACUGCUUAACUAGUUUGGAUAAGAGAGCCUUCUUAGAAAUGAAGCACAAGUAGUUUUCGAAGAUUUUAUAAACUUUGUAUUCCUUGAUCCUAUUCCUUUUUUGAUCUUGCUUUUUGAAAAGCUUCUAAUGGAGAAGCAGGAGCUAGGUAUUUGGCAAGCAAAAGUUGGGUCUUUUCAAGAAGCUGACCUUUUAGAUCCCUUUUCCUGAGAAGAGGAGCAUAAUGAGAAGUUUGCUACGGUUGCUUUGUGACCUCAUGAUCCUUCCGUCUCGUCAUUCUUGGCAAACAUGAUAGAGUUCCUAAUUUAGAGAAUGAUUCUAAAAAAGCUGCGGAAAUAUCUCCAGGAGCGUAUUCUCAACUGUUUGAAAGAGUUCAAGGCUAAACAACAUAUCACAAUGCAGAUAGUUGGACUGCUCUUUGUGAGUAGUUAAUUUUGAAGCUGCAGCGAAUAACUGCUUCUCUGCCUCAUAUAGGUUCGAGAUUCUGAGCAUACUUUGUAAAUCUUAGUUGUCUUGGUCUGUGUGGCACCUAACCUAAUAUGGUUAUGUGUCCGAUACGACGUUGAUGAAUCAGAUCUGGUAGCAAAGAAAUCCAGAGGAUGUUGAUAGCAGAAGUCAUUAAAAUUGUUUUUGAGACGAGAUAUCAGGCUUUGAUGUACACAAAAGGAAUGUGGAAACAUGAUGGGGCCUAUUGCCUAUUGCUGGUUACUGGUUGCCAUUUCCAACAGGGAAUAAAGAGGUCUCUCAUUGAAUCAUUUGAUGGUCUUUUCAAGUUAUUCUGACCGUGCGAUACAUUUUAUGGAACUUCCUGGAGAAAUACCAAACAGUGAAUUAAAUUCUUUAUUAAACAAAGAAGAGCGAAACAUUUUGAUUGGCUUUCCAGAGCUGGAAUUUACCAUGAAGACUUGAACUUUGGUGCCCAGCAUAGGGCCUAUUAUACUACUCAAAGUUCGGCGAACUCGAUGAAGCUAUUAAUCCCAGAUCCUUUGUAGUAUCUGAAAGUGAAUACCAUUUCCUGCUAAUUGGUGUCAAGGUUAAGCUGGGAACAACCAUCACUUGAUGCCAAAGUUUGAGUACUAUGGUCAUAUCUUCUUGAGUACAUAAGUGGUUUAUGACAAUCGAAGUAAGGGGCUUAUCCUCAGAGGUACAAGAGCUAGGAGAGGCUAGCUUAUCAGUGGUUUAGAGGUUGCAAACAGAAUCAGCCAAGGUCGUCAAGGAACUUACAUUUGACCAUACAUUAGAGUCGUCCAAAAGAAUCAUUUAAUUGUCUAGUGAUGCCACUGCUGGAUUGUUUCUAUGCUUAUUGUUCAAUAUAAAAAUAUUUAAAUACCGUUCUCUAUAAGCUUAAGAUUUUAAAGUAUAACGGUUGUUUCAAAUGGUAUCAUAGCAGAGGUUCUAAGUUUUAGCCAUGUCAGGCUCCUAGCUUUAUUAAUUUCUUCCUAUUUAAUUCAAGUCCACGUCACGGGUCGACGAAAAGUCUUGAGCCCAAACGUGAGGGAGAGUGUUAAAUAUAAAAAUAUUUAAACAUUGUUCUCUAUAAACUUAAGCUUUUAGAGUAUAUAAAUUCUAUCUUCCAGGUUUGUUUCCAUUUGCAUGCUGUUUUUUCGUAAUUUAAUCUUUCUUCAUUUAUCUGCUUAAGGAUGUCGUUUUAUUGAGGUCAUCCAUCCAUUAGGUGUCUGUCCAUGAUGAGGGCCGAUGCAUGUGGCAAGUGUUCCUGGAUACGAAGGAAUAUGCAUCUGUUCUAUCCCAUUCGCAAGAGGGACUAAGUAUAUUUGGUGCAGGAUGCUCUUAGGACUUUCUUAUUAAGAAAGCUCGAUAAGCUCAUGAAGGGUGAUAAAUCCCAAAUCACAAUGAUCUCCACAUGGCCCACAAAACUAUACUUGGACAAGAUUAAUCACCUUUUGUUAGAAGAUGACAUGAGCAAGAUAGCUAAUACAUUGUCAGAUCAGAGAGUACCAAUCAAUUGUAAAAGAAUUUUGAGCUUUUCUUAGUGAUAGCAAGGAUGUAUUGGAUGAGGCAACAAUAGUGAGGUCACCUGAGAGGUGCAAUCAUGUUCAAAUGCAUUGCAGAGAGUGGUAGUUGUUUGUUUUACUGUUGGUGUAUUAGUCUGAUCUAGCAUUGAUUUAGUUUAUCUUUACUUACCAGCUACAAACAAGGCGGUUAAAUCUCUAACAGUAGGUUGAAGUUACAAACUUUUAGAAAGCUUAGCUUUGAUCUGCCGGAGGCUGCAAGGACUAUUAAGGGUUUGGUGAGGCAAUGAGAGGUGGGCUGCCGUGGCCGGUCCUGUACUUCUUACUUACGUGCUUUAUAAACCUUUUUUUUUGUCCUUUUUUCUCACCUUGAGGUCUAGCUGUCUCACACCUUAUAGCUAAGCUUAUUUUCUUAGUGAAUGAAGUGGGUAAUUUAUUGUU